AUGCUUUGUUUACAUUUUGGAAAUCACAUUUUAUAUGAAAAUGCAGAUCUCGAUCACACUGCUGAUGUUCAGCUCCAUUCAUGGGGUGAUGAUUUGAAAGAAGCAUUUGAACAAGUUGGAAUGGCAAUGUUUGGAUAUAUGACUGAACUUGACACAGUGGAAAUCAAGGAGAAGCACGAGAUUGAAGCGCAGUCUGAAGACUUAGAUGGACUUCUUUUCAGAUUUCUCGAUGAACUUCUUUUUCUGUUUUCUGCUGAAGAUUUCAUCAUACCCAAGAAAUUAAUCAUCACAAACUUCAACACAGAAACUUUCUACAUCAAAUGUUCCUGUUACGGAGAGACUUUUGAUCUGUCAAAACAUCCGCAAGGCACUGAAGUUAAAGCAAUUACUUAUUCAGCAAUGCAAAUUGUUCAGAAUCCAAAUCCUAAUCAGAACCAAAAUAAAGUUGAUAUUUUCGUUAUUAUCGAUAUCUAA